AUGGAUCUAGUCUGGUCGUCUCAGCUUCUGGUCGCGCCUCCAGAUCGCGCCCCUAGAUUACCAGGCGACAAGAUCAUCUUGCCGCAAUCCGCACUUGAACAGCUCCUAGCUGCCGCCCCGCUUCAAGCUGUUCCCAGCAAUAAUCGUGCGCAUACUUCGACAUUCGACCCAUUCAACCACCACACCUUCGCCGCCGAAUCGUUCGCCCGUCAGCAAGUUGAGCAACGUCAGCAGCAGCUACCCCACCCAUUAACAUUCCGAAUCGUCAAUCCCCAGAAUGGCCGUUUCAUCUACGCCGGCAUCCGCGAAUUUUCCGCCGAAGAAAGCGAGGUCGCACUAAGUGCACUGUUGCGAGACUCGCUUGAUAUCAAGGAUGAAGAGUUCUUAGGUAUAGAUAGAGAGGCACAGGCCCCUACGUCACCGGAAACCGAAGCGAAUCCUCCGCGAACUGGCCCUGCUGUCACUGUGCAUGCGAAGCAGCUACCCAAAGGCACAUAUGUCCGUCUGCGUCCCCUGGAAGCCGGGUACGACCCAGAAGACUGGAAGGCUCUGCUAGAACGAUAUCUGCGGGACAACUUCACAACUCUUACGACUGGCGAGCUUCUGACGGUGCAAGGUACGCGGAGCGAGUCGUUUAGGUUCUUGGUCGAUAAAGUGUUCCCCGAAGGCGAAGGGAUAUGUGUGGUGGAUACAGAUCUCGAGGUUGAUAUCGUGGCAUUAUCGGAAGAACAAGCUCGGGAGACGUUGCAGAAGAGGCUGGAAAAGGCCUCUCGCGCGCCGGGUACGACCAGUGGCAGCUCUAUUGGGGGUAUUCUCAGUCUCGGAGAGGAUGUCACAGCUCAGGUCUUGCCUGGGGACUAUGUGGAUUAUGAGCUUCGAGACUGCAAACGGGAAGAUAUCAUCCAGAUCGAGCUCACCACGGACGAUCCAGACCUGAGUCUCUUCGCUAGCCCUUUUGCUCCCCGCCAACAAUGUCGCCCGAGGGCAGAUAUGCAUGUCUGGGGGGACUUUUCGAGCCAGUUGCCCAAGAAGCUCCAACUUCGGCCCACGAAUGUGGCCUUGGAAGGCGCCGAGGCCCUCUAUAUUUCAGUUCAUGCCGAUUCUGCGGGCAAUGAGUCAUCCAAGUUGCCGCAGCAGUCGCCCUCGCAGUAUCAUAUCCGAAUUACAGAGAACCCAUCUGAUGUUUCUGGUUCAACGGAACAAGAGAACAAGUCUCACGAGCCCGGCGAUGUGCAGUGCAAGAACUGCCAGCAAUGGGUUCCUGAGCGGACACUCCUUCUGCACGAGAACUUCUGUCUACGCAAUAAUAUCCUCUGUGCGCAGUGCCAGACCGUGUUUCAGAAACGAUCUCCAGAAUGGCAGAAUCACUGGCACUGCCCUCACGACUCUGGCCAUGGCAACGAUGCCCCGAGCAAAGAAAAACAUGACACUAUUUUCCACGAGAACCACCAGUGUCCCGACUGUGAAUUGGUCCUCGAAGGUCUCCCAGGUCUUGCCCAGCACCGCACUAGCAACUGUCCAGGAAAGUUGAUUCUCUGCCAAUUUUGUCACCUUCUCGUGCCCCAGAAAGGCGACUCUGACCCUGAUUUCCACGAUCCCGAGGUUAUGCUUUCCGGCCUCACCCCACACGAGCUGGUAGAUGGAGGACGCACUACCGAAUGCCAUCUCUGCAACAAGAUCAUCCGACUCCGAGACAUGAACACCCACCUCCGCCAUCACGAACUAGAGCGCCUAUCUCGGCCCACCCCUCGCGUAUGCGUGAACCAGAACUGUGGCCGUACAUUGAACAAUGCAGGAAACGAGUCUUUGGGUCUGUGCAAUUUCUGUUUCGGACCUUUAUACGUGGACACCCACGACCCAGAAGGCAAAGCUCUGCGGCGCCGUAUUGAACGCAAAUACCUGUCCCAGAUGAUGACUGGGUGUGGCAAGCCCUGGUGUCGAAAUGAGUACUGCAAAACGGCGAAGCAGAAGAAGCAACAUGCAUCUGGUCCUCCAGCCCCCAUGGCCGUGGCGGAUAUCAUGAAGGUGACGCGUCCGCUUGUUGAAGCUCUCAACAUCAAGCCCGAUGUGCCAAACACGGCACCCUUUUAUUUCUGCACCGAUGAGACAAGUCAACAUCGUCGAACCCUGGCCGAAUUGAUUGCCGCCGAAAGCGCCGGAAUGGAGGGCAAAGGAUAUGACCUGGCAUGGUGCAUUGCAGGAACCGAAGCUUCAAGUGGUGAUCUGGAGAAGACAAGAGAAUGGUUAACGAAAUGGGCUCCAACGCAAAGCUAG